UCUAUUGGCCAGUUCGUACCCUGACUCACGAUAGCUCGGCAACUUAAAUUCAAACAUUAUAGCUAUGAAGACAUACGUCGGUUUAUUCUUUUGAUAAAGCGGAUGAAUAGAGCCUCCAUUAGAUGUCCGAAGUGAUGGCUUCAAGGUGUAAAAGUCGCCGAGGUGGGACGUUUGUGGGGAUGUUGAUUAGAAAGUGCUGUUGGUUGAUGUGAAUAUUCACCUUUCCUGAUAUAAUCCCUGUGAUGCUAUUGGUAUAUAAAUUCGAGCCAUUGAAGACGAUAUUGUGAUAUCUCUUAUUGAGGUAGUCUAAGAUCGUUAAAAAUGAGCGAAAACACCAAACCCCGCGUCCUAAUCAUAGGCGCCGGCGCCAUGGGGGUCGUCUCCGGAUACUAUCUCCAUCUCGCCGGAGUCGAAGUAACAUUCCUCAUCCGCCCACACCGCGCCGAAGCCCUAAACCGUCCCCAAAUCCUCUACUGCUACGACGACAACGCGCUCAAGACAUACAAAGAGUACACCUACCUCACGAACCCGUCCGACAUCAUCGGCGGGAAAUACGACUACAUCAUAGUAACCCUCGACGGCGCCUCCCUACACAGCCCCGCCGGAACCUCGCUCGUAAAAACCAUCGGCUCCGCCGCGCGGCAAGACCCAAACACCAAGAUCCUCCUCGGGACCAUCUUCUUCGACAUCCGGACCUGGUUCCUCUCCGUGUCCGGGCUCGCCGCAGAACAAGUGACAACGUGCCACUUCGACAUCCACGCCUACGCAACCAAAGCCGUAACCCUGCCCCUGCACCCCCCAACCUCCGCCGCGCUCCUCGCGCAAAGCGACUUCGCGUACACCGACAAGCUACCGCAGGGCUUCACCACGGACGACAGCGCGCGCUCCGUCGCGGAAGGGUUCGCGGCCGUGUGGAAUAAAUGCGGGAUCUCGACGUGCGCAGUGAAGUCCGCGACCGAGUGCGCGGCGUCGAUCAACUCGCUAUUCCCGGUGUUCGCGGCAUGCGAGAUAACCGAGUGGCCCAAGUUCCGGGAUAUUUCCUCCGCGGACAAGGAGAUCUGGAGUCUAGUCGUGGCUGCGGUGAAGGAGAUACAGGGGUUGGACGUGCAUGGGGAGAUAGGGCUGAAGAUGGCACGGGAGACGACGGAGGAGGGGCUGGCGAGGGAACUUGCGGGGUGGGAGGAGGUGAUGAUGCCGUUGGAUGUGCAGGGGUUUAAUCGCUUUCAUCAUGGGGCGAAGUUGAGGGCGCAGGGGAGACUGCAUUUGGAGAGUUGUGCUGAGAGGGGUGAGGCGGAGGGGAAGUCGAUGGCUGCGUUGAGGGAGCUGAUGCGGAGGGUUGAGGUUAAUGGGGCGUAGUGGGUUGGGUUGGGGUUGGAUGACUUGUGGUUGAGGCUUUCGGCUGACUCCCGAGCGAGACUCGCUUUGCGUAGCCGAGCCGAGUUUGCGGUAAGGGACCCGUGCGGUUGGGUUGGUUUUACGAGGGUCAUUCGAUAGGUUUGUGAUGUAGUUUACAAUAUAAUACGAUAUCCGCU